CCUCAGGCACCCCUCUUGGUUUGAUGUGCUCUUCCUUCGAAUGAUAGGAUGUGGCGCAGAAGCGCGGACCAUUAAGAUUUAUGUAGGCAGUGGUCUCGGACGCGCCGCUUGAAUUGGUUUUCAAUCCCUUCGAACAGGACAACUUCAGAGUUUUGAUCACUUUACAUUAACACGUUCCGCCAUGUCAACACCACAGGACCUUCCCAUGACACCCCUGCCGCUCACAUCGCAACAACGCGAUGAGAUUGAUCGAGACUUACUCGAGGCCACUAGCACCUUCCUGAAGAUUAUCAAUGAAGAUAAAGAGGCCACCACAUCGGAUUUCAUGUUCAUGGCGAUCAUAUCACAAACUCUCUUCAGGACCAGUAUAUUACUCAAUCGCGAAAACAUGAAGGACAAUCUUGAUCUGGACAUGGCACUGGAGGAAACACUACAGAAACACCCUCAAUUACGGGCAAUCAUCCGCCACGCCUGUCAGACGCGCUCGUUCUCUCGCAUCGCUGACCUGAAAAUAUUCCAAAAACACCAAGCUAGCGAUCCCGUGCAGUCGUCUCAAGUUGAGGACCGGCCAGACCUUCUUUACGAUUCAUUCGUCAGACCUUACGUUGGCAAGGCUGUGGACGGUUUCUAUGAGUACCUGAAAAAUAACGACAUGAAGUUCACGGACGGUGGCAUGCAGAGGCCAUACUAUGCUAAGUUCUGUUCGAUCGUCCAAAGUUCUGGUACAGGAAAAUCAAGACUGAUGACAGAGCUCCGGAACAAAGGCGUUAUUGUUUUGUACAUGAACAUUCGUGAUUCAAGGGAUCGGGGCUUCCCUACGCGAGACCUAGUGCCCGCGCGUAUAUUGACGGAAGACACGGACUGCACUCAAGCCGAGUAUACCGCUCGUUGUUGCGCCUUCUUUACAGCCAUAUUUGAGACGCUUCGGGAAGAUCUGGACAGUAAACUGCCUCGGCUGCGCUCCAGCAAUCCUGAUCCUGUAGUCAAAUCAUGGAAUGACCAGAUGUGCGAUAUGCGCUCAAACGCCCGUUCCGAGUUCUUUCAGAAAGUUCAUUCUCGAUAUCAGGAGACCCUUGCGAAGAUAAAAAUACCAAAUCCCGGAGAGAAAAUCGAUGUGAACCCCGCUGCACCAACGGCGGAGGAGACCGCCCUAAAGUUAGGAAGUAUGUCUCUCGCAGACGAGAAUAUAAUGGCGCCGAAAUUGGAAGGCGAAUCGUUCGUCACGACAUCUUAUGACAACAUGCUGAUGGUUCUGCAACGCAUAUUUACCGAGAAGAAGGGUGAGGUUUCGAAAAAUGAUCCCAAACUCGUGAUAGCAUUUGACGAGGCCCACCCUCUGAGCAACAUGAGCAGAAAGGGCUUUCGUCCAUUGCAUAUAAUUGGCAGGAUGAUCAACUGCUACUCCAACAGAACCAUUGCACCGGUCUGGGUCGUCUUUGCAUCCACGACCUCGCAAGUGGUAGAUUUUUCAGCGCCCCAGUCGAUCCAUGAUUCUCUGCGCGUAGCGGUAGGCGGCCAACUCACCUAUCCGCCCUAUACCCAUCUUGGUUGGGACCAGAAUGCAGAUCCUCUGUUUGGUACAUCGGCGAAUAAUGUUGCGAGCUUUGAUCACAUCGUUGGAUUCGGUCGCCCACUAUGGAAGUCAAUCGCAGGGAAACAUGCUACCACCAAUAUUUUGGAACUGGCUGCCCAGAAACUCUGCAAAUCGAAGGGAUUUGACGCGAAUGAUGCGAACCAGGCUCUUGCUAUUCUGUCCCAGAGAUUCGGUCUUGACAUUUGCUUCGGUCACCCCGACGCUGUGUCGUAUCUCGAAAAAGCAGUAGCUAGCUAUCUGCGUAUAUGCUUCUCGACGACCGAAGAUAGGAUGUGGACCUUCACCGGUUAUCCAUCAGAACCCAUUCUAUCUUGCGUCGCAGCAAUUAAACUCCAUGGGAAGCCUCAAGAUCUGAAUGACGUUUUGGGGACCUUGAACAAAAAAGUUGAUGGUGGGAUGGUCGAGAUAGGGCAGAGCGGGGAGUUGGUCAGCAGGCUUUUGCUGCUUCUCGCUAAGGAUCUCUUUGUCCGCAAGGACCCUCCCGAAGGCGUGAUCCGGGAUUUAUACUAUGACGGAAGUGGGGAUGCGGAACUGAUAGACUGCAGAAAGGUCUCCGUCAUCGAUUUCCUCGAGUACUUAUUUGGCCAGACGUUCUGGUCGAGGACGGUUGAGGAGGCCAAGGCAGCUUUUCAGCAUGCUUACAUCAAUUUCUCGCACUGGAUAUCUAUGACAGAGUUCAUCUCACCGCCAGUUCCCGAUCAAAUUGAUGCUGAUUCGUUGAGCGCUAGAUGCAGCGCCAAAGAGUGGACUUUGCGACACUGGCAUCGCACAAGCGCGGUCCAAUGCUGUCAUCUGCAGCCGCUCGUCGACAAGAUGAUUCCAAUCUAUUUUGACGAUCCUGCCCUCGGCUCCGAUGAUCUCAAUCGCGUCUCACAGAUGUUCAUUUCCGACAAGGCGGGGAAGAAUUGCCAUGAGCAUGACUUGGGGUUGGUCACUCGCACGCAUGAUUCGAUCCAGUGCCUAUCGAAUCUCCCCUACAUCGCUCUUCUUCUUGACCUGAAUGUGAAACCAAAGCUCAGUGUCACGUUCCCAGAGAAGGAGCCAAAUCACGCUGAAACGGAUCGAUGUCUGCGGAUCUACGCUUCGGGAAUAAGCCAAACCACAUUUCCAUUCUUGAACCAACAUCCCGAAGUUGCAAGCCGGCUGCGUGGGCUUAUCUCUCGGCAGAAGGAGGCACCAUCCCAAACCACUCUCGAAGCCCUGGUGAAAUUUGGGAGUACUGCUAGGCUACGCAACUUGCAGUGGGAAUUACAAGAUGCAUGAUAAUUCAAUACAACUGGGAUAAUAACUAAACGAUUGCACGUAUGUUUCUGUGUAUAAUAGAUCAUGAUUGUAGUGCUGCUGGUCUGUUCGAUCUUUGUGACCUUGUAGUUUUACGAUUCUUCAUUUCACCUUUUCACUUCAUCAGCUGUUGCAAUCCUCUACUCGGUGAUUGGUCACCACAACUGAGUCGUUAUGGAACUAGACGCAUUCCACAAAUGG